CUGCUCCUCUCUCUCCUCUGUGUGCAGCCAGAGGCAGGUUGAGCUCCGCUCUGCUCUGGGAGAAAGCGGCCGAGGAUUAUCCAGCUCGGUAACGUUAGCUCGUCGGCUAACGGCUCAAGACAGCAACCGAGAAGAGCCAUGAAAAGCCGCCGGAGCCGGUGAAAGUGAGUCGCGGCUUACUCUGGGACUUUAAUGUACGGAAACACACUAAAAAGGAGGCUCGCGGGACAUGCCGUUGCCCCCAACGGGAACUUUUCUCUAGAGUUUCCACUUGGGGAAGGCUAGCUCAGGGGCUAGCGAGGCUACACACUAGUUUUAAUUGGCUUUGGGCUCAAUGGCUCCUGCUUGUUUUUCCCUGUCAUAGCGACAGCUUGGAGAAUUAAAAAACGGGGAGAGGCCCUGUGAACUUCAUGACAAACCAAAGCCCAGCUUUGAAGCCUCACUUCGGAAGACGAGACUGGCAAGGGACCGAAAAUGAAGAAGCAGUUCAAUCGGAUGAAGCAGCUCGCCAAUCAGACAGUUGGCAGAGCGGAGAAAACAGAAGUCCUCAGCGAUGACCUCUUACAGAUUGAGCGGCGCAUGGAGUUGGUGCGUGUGGUGUCCCACAACACACACAAGAGGAUGGUGUCAUGUCUACAGGGACACAUCGGUGCAGAGGCAGAGAAGAGACAUUCCGUACCACGCCUCUAUACAGGAAAUGGUCAGAAAAAGCUUCCUCUGACUGCACUAUCCCAGGCGAUGGUGGAAGGCGGGAACCAAUUGGGAGAAGACUCCUUGAUAGGAAAGAUGAUGGAAGUGUGCGGCGACGCAGAGAACCGCCUGGCGUCAGAACUGAUGCUACAUGAGCUGCAGAUAGAGAAGGACGUUCUGGAUCCCCUCAGCCAACUGGCAGAGGUGGACAUCCCCAACAUCCUGAAGCAGAGGAAACAGCUGGCCAAAUUGGUGCUGGACUAUGAUUCUGCCAGAGCUAGAUGGUUGCAGGCAACCAAGUCAAUAAUCUCAGGAACAAACACUCAAGCACUGACGGCCAAGGCUGACCUACUCAAGGAGGAGAUGGACGAGGCCACGAACAAAGUGGAGCUUUGCAAGGAUCAACUCGCUGCAGACAUGUACAGUUUCUUCUCCAAAGAAGGGGACUAUGCCCGCUUCUUCGUUACACUCUUAGAAGCUCAAGCUGAUUACCACAGAAAGUCUCUCACUGUUCUGGAGAAUGUGUUGCCAACCAUCCAGGCUCAGCAAGACUCGUGGACAGAGAAGCCUGCGUUUGGCACCGGGCUGGAUGAACACCUGAAACGGAGUGGAAGGGAGGUGGCCCUGCCGCUGGAGGCCUGCGUCAUGAUGCUUCUAGAGACUGGCAUGAAGGAAGAGGGUCUGUUCAGAAUCGCAGCAGGGGCGUCCAAGCUGAAGAAGCUAAAAGCAGCGCUGGACUGUUCCACUUCACAACUGGAGGAGUUCUACUCCGACCCCCACGCUGUCGCUGGAGCACUGAAGUCCUACCUGAGGGAACUCCCUGAACCUCUGAUGACCCACCAGCUUUAUGAUGAAUGGAUCCAGGCAUCCAGUGUGUCAGACCCAGACAAGAGGCUCCAGGCGCUCUGGGUUGUGUGUGAUAAGCUACCAAAGAACAACAAAACCAACCUGAGGUAUCUGGUGAAGUUUCUGGCCAAACUGGCUCAGGACAGCGAGGUGAACAAAAUGACUCCAAGCAACAUCGCCAUCGUCCUCGGACCCAAUCUGCUGUGGGCCAAGACUGAAGGGAGUCUGGCUGAGAUGGCUGCAGCUACCUCUGUGCACGUGGUGGCCAUCGUGGAGCCCAUCAUCCAGCAUGCUGACUGGUUCUUUCCUGAGGAUGUGGAGUUCAACGUGUCCGGCAUGUUUGCGAUGCCCACGCCUGCGUCCAACCACAACAAUCACCUUGACUACGACUGCAGCACCAUUGAGAGGAAGAGGCCCGGCAGCAUGGUGGGACCAGAGAACGACACGACGCGCAAAGACAACACCCCUAACAAGCACUCGGACCACACCCUGCGUAGAGGCAGUAACACCUUAGGUAGAAAGCAGCACACUUCACCUGCCUUCCAGCCUCCUUUACCCCCUGUGGAGGCUCCGGGGCAGGGCCACGGGGCCCCGCAGGUCCCCCAGCCCUCGGCUGAGCCCCAGCCACAGGCUCCAUCAGGGGGUUCGGGGCCUGACGCUGCCCAGCAAAGCUUGGCGCAGAGUCUAGCCGCUCUCGCAGCCGCUCAGCAGCUUCUAGCCCAGCACACAGAGGAGCUCAGCAACCCAAAGCUACGUGAUUCCACAUCUGUCCCGACCCCUCUGCUCCAGAGGAACGGCUCUGGAGGAGGAGGGGGCCACGCUGCAGGGCAGCUGGGCACUGGGACCCCCGCGGCUGGAUCCAUGGGGCCCAGUCCGCACAUGAUGCGCAGAGGUACCAAGAAGCAGGCUCCUGCCCCUCCCAAACCCACCAACCCUCCACCCUGCCAGCCCUGUAAUUCAGUGAACCACGCCUCCUCCUCCGGCUCGUCCCAGUCCCUCAGCCCCACCCCCAGACCCCUGUCCAGCCACUCGCCCACCUCUCCCACCUCUCCCACCUCGCAGCCAUGUGCCACGCCCAGACGCCACUCUAGCAACCAGCCCCCGAUCCAAGCGCCCAGCCACCCGCCCCCGGAGCCUCCGUCACAGGCCAGCCCUCCUCCAUCGCAGCCCGGCGGGGACCACCAGACCACGGACCCCUCACCUCCAGGCACCCCGACCCCUCCAGACACCCCUCCGCCCUCCACCACCAUGCAGGAUGUAGCUCCUCCGUCCCCGUCUCCCUUCCAGUCAGGCUCCCUUCCCCGGCCCAGACCCGUCCCCAAGCCCCGGAACAGACCCAGCAUCCCGCCGCCGCCCCAGCCCACCCCGCUGGCCGGCGACACCAACGGGAUCUGUGCCACAGCGUACAAGAUGAUGGACCCGGGGAUGUCUUUCAAAGGGCUGAGUCGAGCUUUGGUCCCUGAGUUCGCUGUAGACCAGCAGCCAUCCACGGCCUCCUGCCUGCCGCUCAAAGACUGUGACCUGGACACUGAGAGCACUGUCCUAUAAGGAGGGGACGCUCUGGUCCAGUAGCCCCCCACCACCCCCAACACACACACACACACACACACACACACACACACACACGUCUCAUCAUACACACACCGUUCAUCAUUUAGUCUGCUCGUGUUUCGUCCCGGCCCUCCUCUGCCAUCAUGUCCUCCCAGUCAGUGCAGCCUGUAUGAAGGACUUAAUGUGACAUAAAGCAGUUUCUGGCAGCCAUGAUGGAGGUCCACAGGUCUUGGUAAACAAUGGCUGUGAUGUCCCAAUCACACAUCUGAUGAUUUAUGCGUUUAAUUGUCAGCAUUUUAAUCAGGAAACCAACUACUACACUCAUAUUAAAGUGGGGUUCUAUAAUGUACCUACCCAUAGUCAGCGUAUUAGCUACCACUGGACAAACAAACCAACAACCAUCUGACGGGACUGGUGAUGUCCACCCACGUUUUAUAGCAUCAAAUAAAUAAUUCAAACUAAACAUAUCAGAAAUAUGAACACUUUAACAUACAUCAGCGUGCUAAGAAUGACUUAAAAUGACAAAAAAAAAACGUAUGGGCUGAAAUAUGAGCCACCAGAAACUGAAUUUGAAUUCUUUAUAUUUGAAUUUGAA